AUUAAAAUGCUGCUCGUCGGGCUGUUGUUGUUGCAACUCGCGUUCAUCCAAUCGUCUUCGGGCGAUGCAUUGGUAACGUUUAAAAACGUAGUUUUCCACGGUUACUACAAGUUCGCGCCGAAAUUCAAGCCCACCAUCCUCUCCGGCGACAGUUUGAAGGACUUCUUGCCCAGCGACGAUUUCGAUCGCAUCGAAAUCGUCAAUCAGAACGUGCCGGUUUUGUUCGAGAACGCGAUUUGCGACAUCGGCAACUUGGAGGAGCUGAUAAUCGAGUCCUGUAACGUGAGAAGCGUCCUACCGGGAGCUUUCAGGAAUCUGGCGAGGUUGAAAAGGAUUUCUUUAAAAGUGAAUGUUUUAUCUGCGAUAGAAAAUGGGGUGUUCAAUCACUUGCUCAUGCACACGUUAGAUUUGAGCUACAACAGGAUAGAAAAAAUUGCAUCUGGGGCAUUUGAUGACAUGCCGCAUAUUUACCACAUAAAUUUAGCGCAUAAUAAGAUCUCGGAAUGGGAUGUAAAUUGGUUCAAAAGAACACCAGAGUUGUCUGUGAUAUAUUUCAAAAACAACGAAUUAGAAGAAUUGCCGGGUGGAUGUUUGCGUAAUUUGGACUCCAUCAGGGACGUAAAUUUAAUUUUGAGCAGGAAUAGGAUAUCUAAAAUCAACCGGGACGCGUUCGCAGGCCGAAAGCGCAUCAACCAGCUGUUUUUGGACAACAAUCUCCUGCGGAAAUUCGACAAGGAAAUUCUACGCGACACAUUCGUUAAUGAUUUGAGAUUGAACAACAACAGUAUCGAAUGCUUCGUUGAACAAGAUCUGGACACAGUUUUCAGAGGUACUAAUGUUUAUAUCGAAUACAAUCCGUUGGACUGCGAAUGUCGCGAAAUGCUGGGCAAAUGGAGCAGGAAACACGAUGGUAAAGAUUUGGGAAUCAACGAAGACGAGUGCUUUAAAGGUCGCGAAGAUUCUCUGGUUUUACAUUGGGGUAGGAAACCACCAUACGCUGAUAUAACGGUGGUGUUGCCCAAAAGUUACACAAAUUAUACAAUUUUUUGAGUUUUUGUAAUUGUAAAGUGAAAAUGUAACUUAUCAUCCACCAUCUUUAGAGCUGUUUUUUUUUAGCAUAAAGCUUAUUAAAGCAUCACCACAUGCUCUUAUUUGACAAUAUUCUCUCUAGUUCAACGGCAUUUUGUUCAGGUAAAUUAUACACCGAUUUCGUUUUUCUCGCUUUCCAACCGCAGGCGGGCGGUUCUCGGGCGAAUAUCGCUGGUAAUUUUUUAUUCGAAAGGAUCGAAAGGCAAGCGAUAUCCCUCGGCGUGUGUGCUAUGGGUCGGGUUAUUGUUAAAUUGAAAUAAAAUCUGUGAAUUACUGACGAGGAACGUUUUUCGAGAUCUCGACCGAUUAUGGCCGGCCUUAAAUAUCGCUCCUUUCGAGUGGUUUAUGGGCCUUUCGGGUUGUAAUUGUGACAUUACGGGGGAGAGGAAACCAAUAACUAUAUAACGCGUAAUGUGGUUUUUAGCUCGAACGCGCGUUAAGUAUCGAAAUUUAUUCGAUUUUCAUUCAAAUAAACAGGUUGUUUUUCUACUAUGAGUAGAAGGUAAUAGCGUAAAAAAAGGUCUACAUAUAAGAAAUUGCAUUUAACUUAACUAGGCAAUUAUAAUAACAUUAUGAAUGUAAUGUAGUAACUUUAAAAACAUUAAAAAUAAAUGUAUA